AUCUUAAGGAAAGCUAUGGUACAAUGAGCUACUGGUAUAAAGCACCUAACAAACACUAGUUCACUGGUAGCCUGUUCAGGGUUAACGACAUUUAUAACUAAGGCUUUAAACUAAAUAUCUGCCUGUUUCAUUGAAAUAGUAAACACGGAAGAACAAAAUAGUUACAAUGGAUCACUCAACAGCAAGAACAACAUAAAAAAUAUGAUUUACUUAAUUAUAUAUGCUAUGAGACAGACAAGGGUGACAAAGACGGUUCAACUAGUUUAUUUUCAAUGCUAAAUGAUCCAAUGAUUCUACAAAGAGCGAAGAAAAUUAGCUGCUCAAAAACCAGUAGACGGGAUGAAACAGUGUAAUACACUAACCGAAUAAUAUUAUAAGCGCAGAUCUCCCUGAAAACAGCAAGUCCGUUCAGGUAAAUGUGAGGAGGCUGAAGGUAAAUGAGCCUGUUUUUGAUACAAGGGAUAACUCCUCUGAUAGGAACUGCUAUUGGAAACUAUUCCACCGAAAGCUGAGUGUAACAGCUGACAUGUGUGACGUGCAGAACAACUGUUAAUAUUAUUUUGUAUAAUAUUGUAAAUCAGUGCAUUGAUGAAAGGAAUUUUACUGUGCCACGCGCGUAAAUGCGCGCAUCGCUCUUUUUAUGCAUCAGUUCCCAGCAGUCACAUUUCUGAGACAUUCAGUCUAACACACUAACACGGUUAGUGCAGUUCACUUUGGUUCAAAACAGAUUCAAUAUGAUGAGUCCAUCAGCGCGUGGGCAUUGCUGAGAAAAUAUUCCAGCUCAGUUCUGCUCUGUUUCGGCGAGUUUUAUUACUACAGGUGCAGAAUUAUGCUCAGCUCCGAGGACUCAGUGUGAGGGCUGAGUGAAGAGCUGCAGGACAAAGCCAAAGCAGAAUCAGACAAGCUUUUGUGGCAUGCCACAGACCCUAGUGAAUCAGAUUUGCGUGAAUUUUUUUAAAUAGGUCUCCCAAGAUUUUGUGAAAAAUACCCAUAAGCACGCCUUUCGGUAGCAAAACUACAGAAGAGGAUGGAGGCCGGGUGGGGGGAUAUAUUGAAGUGAGGCAAGAUGCGCAUGUUGAAGUCAGCUCAAGUGAGGAUUUUGGCAGUUCUCCCUCUCAUGUUUUCCAUUACGGUUAUUUUUUUAAAGGUGGAUUGGAAAAGAUUAUGAGGUUGUUUGUUGCGUUUUCCCACUGCCCUGGGACUCACUGGAGCCACAAUUUAAUGAAAGCCUACAAGAUUUGCGUUCCUUGGCCCCCGGGUUUUGUCUCGCAGGGAAUUUCUAUUGCGUAUAAUUACUUGCUGUUAAUCUAGUUUUGCAAAUACAACGUAUAAUUUACUCAGAUAAUACUUAUUCGUAUUUUUAAAGGUUAAACGUUGUCAUUAAGCGUUGUAAAUCCUGGAAGACCAAUCCCAGGACAACAAUUCCCACGGACUGCAGCCGGCGCGCUCACGGUGCUGAUGCUGCUGGUGGUUAGCCAGGCAGCUAAUCACUGAAGCUCCGGAUAAAUGGUCACAUUUACGGCGUUUAACAUCCACGUUAGCCCAUGUUGUGUGGCGCCAGAUGGACGCGUAAUGUUGUGUGCAUGUUCUUGUUGUCGUUUCGUGUAAUGGAGCUGUACCACCUCUGUACAAGCCGUAAGCAACGGGUACUUAUGCAUUCUACGGUUAGCUCGCUAACGCUCCGGGCAUUUUUAAGAUUUGCUGUGGUUAAUGGCUCUAGUCGUCAUGCUGUCGUGAGCGAGCCUUGGUUUGCUGCAGCCUCGCUUCCCCACUAGGAUUACCUGACGGUCAGAGCCUCCACCAGCUCCACGACAUGACUCACACACAGUGAGCCGACCAGCUGGCUGGAUGGCUAGCUCUUUCGUUAGCAGCUAACCUAGGCGGUGAUGCUAGCAGCCGUUCGGGUGUCCGUACCGCCAACCAUCUGAAGCCAUGUCUGCCCGAUGUAGCUGAUGUGUUGCUCGGCUUGCCAAAAGAUGAAGGGCCGGGGUUAUGAUGCGCCUCUGCCUGCAGGAGGCGGAACAUGGAAGCAGAGGAAGAGCGGAGUGCACACAAAGUUUUGGAUCCUAUGGUGCCCUGUAGGCAGAACGGAAGGAUCGGUACUUUGAGAACUCUCCACCGCCUGCUGAAAACCCAGAACACACUGCAGAUUCAGUCCAUCACCCGCUCAGAAUGUGCUGGUUCCUGUCCGAAUCUAAUGAUGAGUAGGAGCGAGCAUGCCGAUGCGAGGCCCGUGCCUGUGGCCCUCACCCCCCAGCUCCCUCCCAGGGCCCACCGGCCUCUCUGUGUGUCGGUGUCCUCCGACAGCAGCGGACGCUUCAAGGCUCUGGAGACGCAGGAGUGGAAAAACAACCUCAAAGCUCAGAUGGAGAAGGCUCACAGUGCAGGAGCAGCCAGCAGCACGGGUUCUCUGGAACGAGCGUCCCUGUUCUGCGCCUCUGCCUCUACCACAGUGUCCAGCUCCGGCCUGUCCAGCCCUGUGGAGAUACUCAACAAGAGCAAGUCCUCCAGCCGCUUCUCUCUCUUCUCGCCGCCCUGGAACAGCAGCUCAGAGUCCGACUCCAACCCGCCGUCCCGCUCCGGCUCCAAGAAGCUCCGCAACUACAGCCGGAGAGCUGCCACAGGGCCGGCUGGAGCGAGGGGCCCCGAUACGCCGGAGCCCAAACCUAGUGGUCCUGAACACUUCCAGUACUCGGAGCCCGUCAUCUCCAAGGUGACCGAUUACAUCUAUGUCGGCAACCUAAACGCAGCGUACAAUGGCCGUACGCUUUGCCGCAACAACAUCGAUAGCAUCAUCGACAUGAGCAGCGCGCCAGGAGAGUCGGCCCCCUCCCUUAGCCUCAUACCCUGCACCUGCUCUCGUGGCGCCCGUCACAGCUGGUCCCGUCUCAAGGUGGACAUCGGAGAUGUGCCAGACGCGCUGGGCGAUGGCCCGGCGCUGAAGCAGCGCUGUUUCGAGGACAUCAACGAGUGCAUCAACGCCUCUACGGAGAAGCGGAAGCGCGUCCUGGUCCACUGUCGGGACGGCUACUCUCUGGCACCGACGUGCAUCAUCCAGUACCUGAUGGUGAAGCAGAACAUGAGGCUGAUUGCUGCCUAUGAGCUGCUGAGGGCCAAGUACCCGGUCAACAUCAGAGAGUGCCACCAAAACGUCCUGGUGAGCCUAGAGAGGGCGCUGCGGCCCGGCGGAAACAUUGACCCUGAGUGCUUCAAACAGGCCAUCUCACGCAAAGUGGCAUGGACCUGAUUUUGUUUCCCAUCAUGCUCAGCUGCUGCUCGACGCCCUCUCUGCUCCUCCCACAGUAUUGGAUGCUUUCAUACAGACAACGAGGGGCAGCUGUACUCCUCCCUGUAGACUGAUCACAUGGAUAUUAUUGUCCCCACUUGUGGUUGUGAGAAUUUGAUGUAUUUCCUCUUCAGACCUGUAAAUGUGACCUGGCUGUGAUUUCCUCCUUCAUACUCGCCAAUUAGGAGACGCAAUAGACUUUGCUGUAGUGUGCAAAGCUUCUCGGUAUAACAGUGUGAUAGUGUUGGCUGUAUAAUUGGUAUAGUCCUGCUUCAGUUCUGUGCCACGCCGUCGUGUUGCUGUUCUAUAUCAGGGGAAUUUCUUACCGGGUGAUCUCAGGAGAUUAUUGAUGUCAUACUAGAACCGUGUCAGUGGUCGUUAGAUUAUCCUGCAGCUUCGUUCACACGCGGAGUCAAAAAUGCAGCUCGGAGAGUUGGGAAGGGUUCUGCAACAGCUCCAAAAGGGUUAUAAAGCCGCUGCCCGUUCAGAUUAUGCAUCCAGCUGGCACCACAGCCGCUGUAGGAGCUCUUCCACUUCCUGUUAAUCCCAUUGCAUGGAUGUUUGCUGCAGAUCAGUUGAGAGCGCAUAAGAGUUAAUGGAACCAAAAGGCUAAAAUGGUUAUGUCCCCACAAGAGCCCACAUUUGAUUUUAACUUUGGUGAACCAAUAAUGAUAAUGUCUGAACUUGAAUAAAACAGCAUUUAUGUCUUUUAAGAAGCCGAUCUGGUCCAUAAAACACAGAUGUCCUGAUCGGCCAGAUAAGGAUGUCUGAUAGGAUAGCAACAAUAACUUGAUAGUUAAACCCCCAGACAGACUCUUCCGUGUUUGUAUAAGGAGCAGCCGUGCUGUGACGUCUCUAAUACUCACAGAAAUGCCUUUUUAAACAUCGAAAACCCUCAAAUAUAUAUUUUGUGUGUACUUUAUUUUUCUUAAAAUCAAGAUUAACAUUUCCCGAUGAGAAAUACUUAUUCAGCAAAACUGAUCUUGGAGGGCUGCAUCAUUUUGGGCUAUCGCCCAGGUUCACUUGGACUAGCACCAGAGCGUGGUACAACUCGUAACUCUAGCUCAGUGCAACUAAAAGAAAGGAGGCACUUGCUGAAUGAGCAAAGUUGAACUACAAAAAUCAAACCAA